AUGGCAGCCUGUCUGGAUCCAGGGAUUCUUACCACCCUCUGCUGCGUCGCAGGUCUGACCACUGCCAUGGGGCUGAUUUCGCGCCUUUAUGAGACCUUCCUUGUGCUCACCCUGGGGGCUGCCCUGCUCUUUGGCAUGACCUUCCUGCUGUCAGCCAUCUUGGACUAUGGCCGGGCCAGCAUCCACUCUUUCUUUGCCCUGUGGAGUGGAUACCUGCCCUUCUUGUAUUCAUGCCUGUCAUGUUUUGGAGUUGUGCUGUUGCUAAUUUGCACGCCAGUGGGAUUUGCUCGUCUCUUUACGGUGCUUGGAGAGCUGGUGAUCAAGCCCAAGUUUCUGCGGGACAUUCAGGACGAAUACCAUUGCGCUGUGAUGGAAGAGGAAAACAUGCAUCGCAGGGCCUACAUCACAAGCCACGAGUUGGAGAUCCACUACUCUGUGCCUGGUCACAGAAAUGGAACAAAUGGCUGUGCUGCUUCUGUGUUUCAACGAAAACUGUCGCAGCUCAGCAAGAUGCGCAGAGAACUAGCUCUGCAGCAGCUGGCAUCCCCUUGGAGGAGGAACCUGGGCUACCCUUUGGCCAUGCUGGCUCUGCUGAGCCUCACGAUCAUCUCUCUGCUGAUGGUAAUCCACAACACGCUGCAGCUCCUGAUUGGCAUCAAAGCUCUGCCAGUCUCUCCUCAGGUUGAGCAAUUCUCAUUGGGUAUCAGCUCACUUUCAGCUUUGGGUGUCAUCGGCUCAUCAUUGGAGAUUGUGCUCAUCCUCUACCUGUGGUUGGCAUCUGUGGUGGGCUUUUUCACCCUGCCUAUGUUCUGUCGGCUGCGACCCAAGCCAUCAUCAGCCACGCUGACCCAGAUCAUCGGCAACUGUGCAGUCCUACUAGUGCUCAGCUCUGCACUGCCCGUCCUGGCAAGAACUCUGGGCAUCACCAACUUUGACCUGUUGGGCGACUUUGGCCGCAUUGAGUGGCUGGCCAGCUUUCCACUGGUGCUCACCUACAACGUGGUGUUUGUGGCUGCGGCUGCCACCAGCCUGGCCACCAAGGUGACAGCGACAGUGCGCACUGAGCUGCUGGGACGCCUUGCAGCCUGGGGCACAGCCACCCCUUGGUUGUUACCAAAGGAGGACUGACAUUGCACUAAUUAUUUAUUAAUAGUUCCUAAUUUUUUUAGCUUUAACAGUGGCAUUACUCAUGUUGCUUUAGUUAAGUAUUGUGGAUGCCUAUAUUGCACUGACCACCUGACCUUUGUCUUGCUACCGUGUGUACAAGCCCAUGUUUAUGUUUACCUACCUUCAGGCCUGUUCAUUAUUUUUCUUACCCCUGUGUAUUUUCUUUUUGUAAAUAAUAUUAUCACUAAACAGGUAUGAACAACUCAUACAAUUGCAGUGGGCUGAUCACCUAAUCACUGCUUUCCAGGUCAUAUGUUAACAUGCUGCAGUGAGCAAGAAAUUCCCAGCAUCUCUCUGCCUCGUGGCACUGGUGCGAUACUAAGACAUACCCUAUGGCGUUCACAUACAAUCCACUGCACUGUUUGCUAAGAAUGCAGCAGAAGUCAGCAGUAGACAUACAGCACAUGGAUUUGUGUAUUCAAAGCAUUAGCUUUGGGCUGCAGACCACAACACUCGGGGGAGAGCAUUGGUCCAAACACCUGCUGCCCAGCUGUUACUACGGCUUUUUUGAAAGAUUUGUGUGGGAGAAUAUUUCUUGUAUAGAUGUUCCACUUGCAAAUAAGCUGUUCAGCUGAACAUGGUUUAGUGCCCUUUACAGGGGACAUGCAUCACCAUAACAUUGCCUUCUCAAUUAUCAACUUACAAUUGUUGUAUUUUCUUAUGUGUAAGUGACGUUGUGUCUCAUCCCCCAUGCAGGCACUCGUUUUGGUGAGAGAAGGUGGCAUAAAAAUUGUACCUCUGUAUAAGAUGCAUGUCUUUAUUUGCUCAGCAUGGUGAAACCUGACCACACAAUUUUAUGUUCCAUGCAUGAAAUAUUUUAGUGUUUUAGCCAUCAUGAUCUUUAGCGUAGUGUGUGAUACACAAUCUGCCACAAGAGACAUGCUCACAUGUGCAGAUGUAAUCUUGCCUGCCUGCAGGUGAAUAUUGUAAUUCUUUUUCAUUUUUGGCAUGCUCAAUUAACCUGUAAGCCAUCUCCACACACUGCGGAAUAUUAAUGUGUCAAUGGGAGUGCUGGGUAUAUGUGGCUUGCCUGCCUUCAACUGCAGGCAUGUUCAUGCUCAGAUUUCACAUAGGGGUGGCAUUUCACAGUGCAUGCAGCUUAAUGACACGAUUUGUUGCAUUACUGUCUGUUUUGCCCGCAAUAAAUCGGAAGGAGCUUAA